AUGCAUAUAAAAUAAGAGAUUUUAACCAUCAAUUUACAUAGUAAUAACAAACUAUAUUUGUUUUAAGAUUUAGAUAGAACUUUAAUUAAAUUAUAUAUUUUGAUAUUAAUCAAGGGAUAUAAUCUUUAUGAAGAGAUUACAGUAAAUCAAUAGGAUCGGUAAAUUGAGCAAAUUUAUCUAAUUUAAGAUUUUAACUAUUGUAUUAUCUAACAUCUCUAACUGUUCUUAAUGACAUCAAAUAAUUUUACAGAUAAAGUAAUUCCUAUAUUCAUAAUAAUAAGAUACUUAAUCCAUUUUAUUAUCAUAAUAAUUAAUAAUAGGUAUUCCAUUUAAUGGUUAAAGACAGAAAGAAUAUGCUGCAUUAUCAAUUAGAACCAUUUCAUUUAAAGAUCUAUUGCCAAUUACUCUUAAAUCUUUUAUAUAAGCACCUUCUUCAGUUUGCAUACAGCUGUCUCUGAA